AACACAGCAAACGCAAAGCAGCAAGAACAAGAUCCGGCACUCAGCAAUGGCGCCCACCUUCGGCCGCUCCAUCUCCUUCCCUCUCAGCCCGGCGCGCUCCUCUAAGCCCCGCGCCGCCGCGCGCCACGUCCGCUCCAUUAGCCUACCCUCCUGCCGCUCCCACCCGCUGCUCGCCCACCUCCACAACAGCGUCCGGGCCGUCCGCUCCUGGGUCGCCGAACCCACCUCCGCCUCCUCGGGCCUCGCCCACCUCGACGCGCUCCACGCCGCGCUCGCCGAGCUCCUCCUACUCCCGGAGGCGCGCAACGCGUUGCAGGCCGGCUCCGCCACCGCACACUGCCUCCUCGACGGCUUCCUCGUCCUCGCCGACGCGCACGGCGCCUUCCAGGAGACCCUCCUCGAGCUCAAGCGCCGCGCGGCCGAGGUCCAGGCCGCGCUCCGGAGGCGCGACUGCGCGAGGCUCUCCUCCGCGGCCCGCGCGCAGCGCCACGCCGAGAAGGAGCUCGCCCGCCUUGCGUCGUCCGUGCGCGGCGCCUGCAAGUGGCCCCAGGUCGGUUCCGAGGCCAGCGCCGCGGAGGUCGAGGUGUCCGGGGUGCUCGCCGAGGCCGUGGCGGCCAUCGCGUCCGCGUCCGCGGCCGUGUUCUCCGCCGUCGAGUCCCUCUCAUCGGCCGCGACUGCAGCCGCCGCCUCUUCGACCAAGAAGUCAACGACUCUCAUCUCCUUGGUCAAGAGGACCAACAAGGCUGCAGCUGCUUCCUCCGACGAGGAGAAGGAGAUGGCUGCACUCGACAAACUAGAGGAGCUUGACGAAUGCAUUGCGGCGAUGGAAGCCGGCAGCGACAAGGUGUUCAGGAGCAUCCUGCACACCAGGGUCGCACUCCUAAACAUCCACACCCAGACAUGCUAAUUGCUACUGCUACUUCUUGGCCAUUGACAUCUUAAUUUGGACAUCAAAUUAAGACUCCAAAUUAACCCAAGUGUACAUAAAAAGCAAAAUAACUCUUGUUCGAUCGGCUGUAUAUUUCGCUGUCUCAUUGCACAUCUCCUUUCAAUUUGUCUACCUGAA